AUGUCAAUCGAGAACCUUGAGAACCUUACUAUCGACGAUGCUGAAGCUGGGGGUCUUGCCGGUGAAGUUUCGAGAGGAGAACGUAAAGCUCGUAAAUUACUAGAAGGUCUCGGUCUGAAAAAAGUUCAAGGCAUUCAACGAGUGGUUGUCCGUCGACCUAAGGGAGUUUUACUCGUCAUCGCUCAACCCGAAGUGUUCAAGAGUCCCGGUAGCGAUUGUUACAUUGUCUUCGGCGAGGCUAAGGUGGAGGACCCGGCGAGCGCUGCUCAGAUGAGCGCUCAAGCUCAGUUGGCAGCGAGCACCAAUGCGGCGCAGAAAGCACAUCAGCAGGGUGGAUUCAAGGAGGGGAUCCCUAAGGAAUUGGCUGAUUUGGUAGGAGAAGAUGACGCACCGGAUCUCGUCGCAGCCGAUGGGAAAGCUGCAAACGGCAAAGAAGCCGAUACCUCAGACGUCAAGGUGGAUGAGGACGACGUCAGCUUGGUAGUAGCGCAAACGGGAUGUACUCCGGAGAAAGCGAGGGAGGCAUUGAAGGCUGAAGGUGGUGAUCUGAUCAAUGCGAGUGAGUAA